CAAAGAUCCCACUUCAACGCAAAAAUAGACAAAAGGCCAAAGAUCCUCAACUCAAAUUAAUGGGAAAGCAAAAGGUUGUGAUUCGAGUCACGAUGAAUAAUGCAAAGAAGCGAACGAAAGCGCUCACUAUAGCUGUGAAAUUACCAGGUGUUAUAUCUGCAGAACUUGAAGAUGACAAGAUCAUUGUCGUUGGCAAUGGAGUAGAUUCGGUUGAGCUAACAGUGAUGCUGAGGAAACAAAUGGGGUUUGCAGAGCUCGUCAGGGUUGUUGCGUAUGAUGAGAAAAAGGAAAAGAAAGAAGAGAAAGAUGGUAAAGGCAAGAGUGUGCAGGUUUUGGCUAGCCAAGGGAGCUAUCCACAAUACAUAUAUUCACCCUGCCCUUAUCAAAGUUAUGAUCCCUACUAUAGUCAAUCAUGUUACAUUAUGUAGAUUGGCUAGUUUGGUUAUUAAUGUGAAAGAAGUCAAUCCAUUUGAGGGAAAUUAGGUAACUUAAUUAAUAAGAGAUAUUGAAGUAAUGUCGGGGUCAUGACCCACUAGUUUUUAUCAUUGUUUUUGAAGAUCAUAAUGUGAGGAGAGGCAUGUGAUUCUGAAGUUAUAAGUUAAUACCUUACAAGGUUAAUUGUGGACAGCCCCCUGUAGUAUCUAUGUU